CUUGUGCAUGCCCAUAAGAAACAGUGAUGGAGAGAUUAUUGGUGUUGCCCAAGCAAUAAAUAAGACUCCAGGAGGUGCCCCUUUUUCUGAUGAUGAUGAAAAGGAAGGCUGUACUAGCUCCUUUCCCCACAGGCUCACCAAGCAAGCUGUGUAAAGAGAAGUGGCUCCUGUGGCCGCUAAAGAAAACAACUGAACCAGACAGGCAUUUGCUGAGAGCUCAACCUGGAGUUUGUGCCAGAGUGAUGCAGAUGUACCUCCCCUUCUGUGGGAUUGCCAUAUCCAAUGCCCAGCUAUUUGCAGCUUCAAGGAAGGAAUAUGACAGAAGCAGGGCUCUACUGGAAGUAGUGAAUGACCUCUUUGAGGAACAGACUGACUUAGAGAAAAUUGUCAAGAAAAUUAUGCAUCGGGCCCAGACCCUCCUGAAGUGUGAGCGGUGCUCAGUGUUACUUCUGGAAGACAUUGAAUCACCAGUGGUGAAAUUUACAAAAUCUUUCGAAUUGUUAUCUCCAAAAUGCAGUGCUGAUACUGACAACAGUUUCAAGGACAGUGUGGAAAAAUCAUCCUAUUCAGACUGGCUGAUAAACAACAGCAUUGCUGAACUCGUCGCUUCCACAGGUCUCCCAGUGAACAUCAGUGAUGCCUAUCAGGACCCCCGCUUUGAUGCUGAGGCUGACCAAAUUUCUGGCUUUCACAUAAGAUCUGUUCUUUGUGUUCCAAUAUGGAACAGCACCCACCAAAUAAUUGGGGUAGCUCAAGUGUUGAACAGGCUUGAUGGGAAAUCCUUUGACGACGCUGACCAGCGACUGUUUGAAGCUUUUGUUAUUUUUUGUGGCCUGGGUAUCAACAACACAAUUAUGUAUGACCAAGUGAAGAAAUCCUGGGCAAAACAGUCUGUGGCUCUUGACGUGUUGUCAUAUCAUGCAACAUGUUCGAAGGCAGAAGUUGAUAAAUUCAAGGCAGCAAACAUCCCUCUGGUGUCAGAGCUUGGCAUUGAUGACAUCCAUUUUGAUGACUUCUCGCUCGAUGUGGAUGCCAUGAUUACUGCAGCCCUGCGGAUGUUCAUGGAACUUGGAAUGGUUCAGAAAUUUAAAAUUGACUACGAGACGCUGUGUAGGUGGCUCCUGACGGUGCGGAAGAACUAUCGAAUGGUCCUGUAUCACAACUGGAGGCACGCUUUCAACGUCUGCCAGCUGAUGUUUGCCAUGCUCACUACUGCAGGAUUUCAGGAGAUUCUAACUGAAAUUGAAAUUUUAGCUUUGAUUGUGGGAUGCUUGUGUCACGACCUUGACCACAGGGGAACCAACAAUGCCUUCCAAGCCAAGAGUGGAUCAGCCUUAGCUCAGCUCUACGGCACCUCUGCUACCUUGGAGCACCACCAUUUCAAUCAUGCUGUCAUGAUUCUCCAAAGUGAGGGUCACAACAUCUUUGCUAACUUGUCCUCUAAGGACUACAGUGACCUUAUGCAGCUUCUAAAGCAAUCGAUAUUGGCAACAGACCUCACUCUGUAUUUUGAGAGAAGGACCGAGUUUUUUGAGCUUGUCAGUAAAGGUGGUUAUGAUUGGAAUAUAAAAAACCACCGAGAAGUAUUUCGAUCAAUGCUAAUGACAGCCUGUGACCUUGGAGCUGUGACCAAACCGUGGGAGAUUUCAAGACAGGCCGCUGAGCUGGUAACCAGUGAGUUCUUUGAACAAGGAGACAGAGAAAGAUCUGAACUCAAACUCACCCCUUCUGCCAUUUUUGAUCGGAACAGGAAGCAUGAACUACCCAGGCUGCAGCUCGAGUGGAUUGAUAGCAUCUGCAUGCCAUUGUAUGAGUGUCUAGUGAAGCUGAAUGUGAAACUGAAGCCUAUGCUGGACUCCGUGGCAGUAAAUAGAGGUAAAUGGGAGGAGCUGCACCAGAAAAGACUUCCUUCUCAGGCAGCAUCCUUGUCCUCCUUUUCCUCUAGCUUCACCACGUCUCUCAAAGACAUAAACUAAGCCUGCAAAUAUCAGUGUCACUUUACAACAAGAGCUGUCUGAAAGGUUUUCAUACGCUUAGACCCACCAUUUUUAAGAAAUGCAUUCCCAGACAUGCCUAAUUGAUGGGAUAUGAUCUUGAUGGCAGCACAGUUUGCUUUUCCUGGAAGGCUUAGUGGGACUGAACGGAAGGCUGCAGUGGGAUUGCCGGGUGUCUGGAGCGACACGCAACACCGAACAGAAGAAGCGUUCAUUCAGCUCCGCUACAUUUCAACUGCUGCUGUAAAAAUCUGUAAAGCUGACAACAGACUGAAAUAUAAGAACUCACAGCUUAAUAAAAUUAAUAAUACAGAGCCAGGACUGGGAUGCAAGCUGGCCAAUUCAUAUGCAAGGAGCUGCAGAAAACAGAAUAGUGUGUAAUUACAUUGUUGUUUUGCAUCUCUUCAGUACAUGUUAUGAAUCAAUUAUGCCUGCUUUUGUGAUGCUCCUCUCUUACUCUCCCUCCUCUUUUAUGCCUGAAUGUUCUGAAAAGCCUGCUUUGUAUUCUGAAGAAGUAUUUUUUUACAACAAAGCUUCUUAGUGAUUGAUCAGGGCCUUUAGAAUUGCCUACCUUUGCUACAUUUAAAAACAAACUUUAUUAUCUUUAAAAACACCAAGCUGUCCUUUCUUCCCUGAGAAAUUCAUAUUAACACUGCAGCAAAUUUUUCAGCAAGAGGAAGUUUGCAUAAAGGCAAAAUAUUGCAUGGUAAUUUUAGAGUGGGUUGUUUUUUUUUCUUUUCAAAAAUGCUCUUAUAACACAUUCUUUUUUUUUAAUUAUAGUGUUGCCUAAGGAAAAGAUUAAUGGGGUUUUUUUUUGAAAAUAGAAUUAAAAUAAAAAAGGAAAUCUGUUGCUUUGUGCUUCAGGUUUAUAUUACAUUGAAAAGCAGAACAUGGAAAAGCCUUUCUAGUAUAAUUUCCAGUAGAAAUUAGUAUUUUGAAAUGGUGGAGAUGUAGAAUAUCAUCACACUGGACCACCCCUCUCUUGCAGUUCUUUCAGUACAAUUUCAAAUGCUAUUACUACAGCUAGCACAGCACUAGUCAAGGCUCACAUGCUGACACCCGUGGUAAAGGUGUCCCUAAAAAUCUAAUCAAAUAUGAUAGGUCACAAAGCCAAAUGUCUCUCUGUGAUGACUCUAGUAUUACCUGAAAGUUGGUCUCCUUCCAUUAGUGCCAAGAUCACUAAUUCAGCAAACCUGUGAUCUGUGAUUUGAGGGUGUUUUUUCUGCUGCAUGACCAGGCACAAGAGGAGUCAUGUUGCAGUGCUUAUGAGUGCCCAUUCAUAGUGCAAAAAAAAAAGCCUUUGUACUUCAUGAAAAAUGGGAUUCUAAAUAUAGGGUUGUCUGGCAGCAGAAAUUAAAGCUGAAUUCAGCUUAGUUUUACACCUGUGCCAAACUCCAUUUACUUAAGUGGAAUUAUCUUGAACUGGCAGCAGCUUAAUGGAAAUCAGAACCUGGCCCAGCUGACCAGAUGCUAAAAGAGCUUUUCUCAUUUCUAAGGAAACUGAGUUGUUAGAGCCUUAGAAAAGCUGACUACAUCAAACAGAAACAACAAAUCUGCUGAUCCCUUCUUUAAAAGGAACACAACGAACUAAAAAUGCUCUGUGCUUUUAAUGGUGUGUAGGACAAUAGCUGGAAAUUCAGUAGCAUUGUGAACCAAUCUGUUAGGGCACAACUGAACCACAUCACUGUCUAGCAGAAGGAAGCAGGGAAAGAGCAGAAAUUCAAACUGCACAGCAGUGAGUACACACACCAAAUGGAACUGUUUCUGUGUUCUUUUACCACUUCUUUCUUCUCUGAAUAAAGCCAGAGCAGUUUAGUAAGCAGCAAGCCAUACAAACCUGCAACACGUACUUUAUGGGAAAAACAUCUACUAGGAACCGACAGUCCUGCUGGCAGGUACACACAGCUUUCCAACUUUGAUACUGCAUACUGCUAAGUGUAACUUAAUUUAUAAUGCAUACCCUACGGCCUCCCCGAAGGCUGAGUCUCCCCUCAUUUCCUCUCCUUUUAUUGGCUUCAGUGCACUGUUGCCCAUGGCAACACCCACUGCCAGGGAUGGGGACUCGCAGCACCGCAGCCUGACACACAGCUGAAGCCCUAACAAUGUCAACCAUCAAUCAAGUGACUGUUUGUAAUUGCCUCCAUCUAUUUCUCCUGUCUUUUGGUAUCUUUGCCAUUGUGGGUCAAAAUUCAGAAACUGCUGACUAAUGUUAUGGUUCUGUUCCUCCAUGACAAGGAAGAAAAUGAGAGCACAGGGCUUGAUCUUAUCAGAUUGUUCUCAGGAAAAAUGAAGCAACCCUACUGAAACUGGGGGGCCCAGCAGUGCAUCUCAGAACAGCAUUCAGUCUCUGAAAGUCAUUUAGCUCAAUCUUAAAAAAACAACCAACUAAACAAACAAAAACUUGAUCUCCUUUUUUUAAGACUUAGCUUAGGAAACAGCAAAACAAAAAAGUGAGAAAAAGAUUAUUCUUUGUUGAAGCAUGUAGUACAUUAAAGAAACGUAUUUCAAGUCUAUUAUAUUUUAAGAUUGUUGGAAACAUUUUUUAGCUACUGCUUAUAAACUUGAUGAUCAGAAAUUGUAUCUGCUUUUUAUUAUUUCUGAUAGGGAAACACUUUCCCAGUAUUUCAGUCAGUUCUGCCAAAUUCUCUGAGAUAUGCACAAGAGACAUGAUUGUGUAGGUUAUUUAAUCUCAUUCUCUGUCUUUUACUUGCUUCCCUGCCUGCUGAACAAGGAGAGAUAAAAAAAAAAAAAAAAAAAAACCAAAAAAACACUAAAACAUUGAAAUCAGCCUAAUUCUGUGAAUGCACAUAAAACACAGGUCCACAAGAGACAAGGACAAACCAAGAGAGCUUGUGGAGAACACAGCUGUUAGCCAGGACAGGGCUGCUUGGCCUUUCCCUUGAGAUGCCCAGCACAUCAGCAAAUGAAAAAUCACCAUUUCUUUGUCCCAGCUGUAAGUGGAAAUCCAGCCAUGAAUGAGGCCUCUAGCAUUUACAAUUUCAGUGCUGAAAUGUGAUGGGCACAUGGAUUGUCCAGAGAACCACCAAGAGGUGCUUCAGGUUGGUUGUGGCAAUGCCUUUUUUUCUAGGUGUCCCACUGACUCCUCCCAACUGCUGUCUGAAUUCAGUCAGGUUUCUAGGCCCAUGAACUACAGGCCUUAAAGUCUCACAAGAGCCAGGCAGCAGCCUUGGUUUUGUCACCAGAAAAUGCUCAGGUCUUCAUCCCCAUACUCAAAGGUAGUUCAGACCAAAUGGUAAUUUCACUUAGGAUUCCCACCUGUGAAACUACUUACCAAAAUCAUCCUUUCCUCACAAAAAAUGAAACCCAAAAGAAAAUGUUUAAAAAACCCACCAUAAAUGUUCUACCAUUGCAAAGGCUAAUCAGGAAUGAACUGGACAAUCAAAUCCUGCUUGAUUUUGAGCAGGCUUCUGAACUGCAGGUGCAUCUGCCCCACCAGCUGGUGGUGAGUAAUAAGGGUGGGCUUGUCUCCUGCCCUUCUGCCAAAGCCUUUCAUGUGCUCAGCAAGGAGACAAGGAUGCCCACUGGGCACAGCCCCAAUUUUGGCUUCACUCCUGAGGGGGGCAUGGGGCAGACAGGCUUUGGUGGAAGAGCUCAGGUCUUGUAUGUGCACUCCCUUGGACUAAAGUGCUCCCCUGUAACACGAUAAUGUGACCCCACCAGAAAACUGAACACUCUUUGAGGCAAGGAGCACCUGGGGUAGAGGCUCCCCAGUGGUUCACACAGAACCACCGCCCAAGAACAAGAUGUCCAAAAGGUGUCUUUAGCCGUAAGUCAAGUAGUGCAACCAGCCAAUUCCUUCCUAGCCUGGACCUACAGACAAAUCAGAACAGCUUCACAAUGUGAUGGAGAUGCAGACUCUGUUUGUCAGGACGUGGUUUUGCUCCUGCUCCGAAGCAGAGCUGCACAAGGUCAGCAGCAGUCGCUCGCUGGGGUUCAAAGUGGCUGCCUCAUGUGGCAGGCAGGCACAGAACUCCCCACACAGCUCUGUCUCAGCCAGCCCCUAGGAUUUGCAGGGCCAGGGGUCCUGCCAAGAAGGUCAUAGUGUGUUUUGUAACCCCAGCAUACACAAGUAUGUUUCUAGCUCAGGUAUUUCUUCAGAUGGUGUCCUUAGUACAGCAGCUGCAUUUUUCUGGUCUGAUGACUUUGCUAAUUGCACCUCCCUAGAGAGCACUGCAAUCUCAUAAUGUGCCUGUAGUUACCAGCAAAGCCAAUACUAGUACUCACAAAUUGUUUUUGAAAACUGCAACCAGCAGUGCCUAAUGUAAUUUGUAAUGUUGAGAUUAAUUCGUUCUCGUGGAAAAACAGGAGUGUUUCAGUACACAGGCCAAAUACUUAUUUUCCCUUUAUAAAAUCAAACCAGUUUUAGUUCCUGAUAAGUCAUUUGUGCAUUGUGUGAAAGUUUAAAACAGGUUUAUUUCAAAGAUACAUAAAACAAACUAACAGGCGCUUCAAUGCCUAGAGUGUUAUGGGCAAGAAAUAGAGAACAAGAAGGUUUUUUUAAUGGCUGUUUCAAAGGAAGAGUUUUCAAAGAGUAAAGUCAUGGGAAUGGUUUCUAACAUAGCAAUGAAGUGGGAUGUAUGAGACGCCUCAGAGAUUCCCGUGACUGGAAUGUACCACUGUUGGAAUACAUCCUGUAUAUUGCUUGUUACCUUUUCUUUCUUGGAUUACUUUGUAUUUAAUUAUGAAUUCUUAAGCAUGUAGGCCAUUAGAUCCUACAAUUUUCUGGGGAAUAUGCGUGUGGGAAACAGCUGACAAAUGCACAGAAAUACCAUGUGUCUGUUCUAAGGCAAGUGAAUCCCAGAUACUUGCAAAAUGUGUAACUUAAGAGACUUCCGCAUUCAUUUACUUUUUUUUUUUCAUCUUAAAACUGUUACUGUUUUGCUAAGUAGAUCAAACUAUGCUGGUUCAGCUUUCAAAGCAUGCUUUUGAAAUUAGCAGCUUGGGUUUACUUAGGCUUAAAGAAGAUAAAUAAUUUUAACAGCUUACUAUGAUUUUCUUUUAUUAUUAUUACUUUUCUUUGAAACUUGUUGGUAUCAACCAGAGCUGUAUCUAUUGAUUACUGAAUCACAUAAAUAGAAGAUCCUGAGGAGAUGCGAGA